AUGACGUCCAAAGUUGUUGACAAGACAGAAGAAGCGGAGGGUCAGGACAUUCUCCUACUGAAUGCAGGUUCAAAGAAGUCAAAUGUUUUGCAUGCAAGAAAGUGGGACACCUCAGUCAAAUCUGUAGAUCAAAAGGGCAAGGCAAGAAAGCCAGUCGGAUUUAUGACAACACAGCCAAAACUGCAAACCACACAUCAGGUGGAACAUGCAGAGGAUGAUGAAGUGUAUCGCAUAAAUAACACCACCCAGAAAGGGGAAACACCAAUUACUGUCCGAGUGCACAUCAAUGGGGUAGGUGUUGAGAUGGAAAUCGAUACGGGUGCUUCCAUCACCAUCAUGUCGGAGGACACCUACAGAAAAUUGUGGCCCAACAUCAAUGAAAGUCUAAGACCAACCCAUGUAAAAUUGGAGACAUACACAGGGCAGCAAAUCCGUGUGAAGGGAAGCAAAAUGGUGCAAGUGCAAUAUGGAGACCAAUCCAAGAAACUGUCGUUGGUAGUCGUCAGUGGGUCGGGUCCCACACAACUGGGACGAGACUGGCUCAAAGAAAUACGCCUGGAUUGGAGAGUUAUUUGCAAGGUGGAGUACCACAAGUCUCUCGAGGAGGUAUUGAAGAGACAUGAAGAGGUCUUCAGAGAAGAGCUGGGGACGUACACAGGCGAUCAAGUGAAAAUACUGGUGGACACCAAGGAGUGUCCUAGAUACUGCAAAGCCAGAACAGUCCCAUUUGCAUUGAGGGACAAGGUGGAAACUGAACUUCACCGGUUGCAGGAACUAGGGAUUAUUGAACCUGUGACGCAUGCUGACUGGGCAGCACCUGUAGUGGCUGUCCUGAAGAAAGAUAAAGAAACUGUUAGGUUAUGUGGCGAUUAUAAACUAACAGUUAACCGCGCUGUGAAGCUGGACAGAUACCGUAUACCCAGGAUUGAGGACAUUUUUACCAAAAUGACGGGUUGCACAGUGUUCUCGACUCUCGAUAUGUCGCAGCAUAUCAGCAGUUAG